AUGCAGUUGUUGACGUCUUGUCUACUGCGAUACGGCCUCAGGGCAAUGAACCGUAACGACCUGAACCUUCAAGUCCAGCGUGCCAUCGAGCAGAGCGACAAUGAUACCAUAGCCAGCGUGAAGAUUGUCUCAUCUAACCAGCUGAAGAGCGGAGACUUGAGCAUCAAGACAGCUAGCAGCAGCGAGGUCGAGACGCUGCGACAGUUUGCGGACGACUGGUCCCACCGCAAUGGCAGUGGGAAUACAGUGUAG